GUGGGAUCCGUCACCUGACUGAGAUCAAGCAUGGCUGCCCUGGAAGCUGAAAUGCAUUUGACUCCCGGAGCAGCUGGCAUGUUAUUUCUGCGGGGUGCUCCACGGAUGAGAAAAUUGAGAAUGUGUUCCUUGUAACCCCUCGCGUUCUAUCUCCCUGCACUCUGUGCUGGGAAAAUGAGUUACCCGUUUGGAAAAGAGGAAACUGCUACGGAAGAGCAGCUCUUUGAGUUUUUCUGUGAGUGCCUGCGGAGGGGAGACUGGGAGUUGGCCGAGGCAUGUGUACCUCAGCUGCACAAGGGACAAGGGGAGAUCCCCAAAAAGGUGGAAGAUAUACUACAGGCGCUGGUGCAGUGCCCCAGUCAGCUAAGAUGUGGGCCAGACAUCAACCCUCAAAGACUAGCCUGGCUUUGGCUUCUUGUACUGGAAAAAUGGCUGACCCAAGAAAAGAAGUUACUUUCUGUUGUUUCCCGGAGGAAACUUGAGUUUCUUUUCCUAUCAGAAGACCUCCAAGGGGACAUUCCAGAGAACGUCGUCAAGGAGCUGUUUGAAACCUUAGCACAAGGCCCAGUGGGCAGUAUACCUAACAGAAGCCAGAGUUGCGAAAGUGGGAGCCCUCAGCUCAGCUCAGAAGCCAUCUCAGUGCUCUGGGAUCUCCUGACGCAAGCGCCCCGGCCAGCCCAGGCCCUGUGGGAGCUCCUGCUUAAGGAGCACCAUAGCACCAGCCUCUGUCACAGUCUGCAGAAAUCACUGCUGGACCUCAUUCGAAAAGCACUGCAGACCCUGCGGGACCCUGCCUCCCAGUGCCCUGGGGUGGCUGAUGCUGUCUAUGGAGCCCUUCAGGCUCUGUGUCGCACUGUUGAGCCACCAGAGAAUGAAUGGCGUGUCCUAUGUGAGGAACUGCUGGAGGCCUGCAGGACUGAGGGCAGUCCCCUCCGGGAGGAACAGCUGCUUGGCUGCCUGUUGCACAAGGCUGGACGGAGCUUACUGUCCCUCUACGGCCACACCUAUGCAGAGAAGGUGGCAGAAAAGCCACCAAAGGCCACACUUUCAGGAAAAGUGUCCCCAGAUCAUCCGGAUCCUGAGCGGGCAGUGCUGGCCCUGUUCUCCACGCCUGAUCCAGCCCACGCUUGGAAAGCAGCCUUUUUCUACUGCCUGAGUAACAACAAGCACUUCCUGGAACAGGUCCUGGUAACAGCACUGACCCUGUUGAAAGAGGAAGACUUCCCAAGCCUUGGAUACCUGCUCGACCGAGAAUUCAGGCCUCUCAGCCACUUGCUCGUGCUCCUGGGCUGGACACACUGCCAGAGCCUUGAAUCAGCUAGAAAACUGCUCCAAACCCUCCACAGGGCCCAGGACCAAGGCCACGAUGAGCUUCUCAGGGAUGCCUGUGAAGGACUGGGGGCUCACUUAGAAGUCUUGGAGUGGUGUGUACAACAGAGCAGCAGCCUCAUACCAAAGAGAGAGCUCCUGUGUCACUUACACGGCGGAGACAGCCACUCAGUGCUGUACUCCCUCCAUCACCUUACAAACCUUCCAGCCCUCAGGGAGGAAGAAGUUCUCAAGCUCUUACAGAAGGUGCCAACCAAGGACCUCCAGCAAGAGCACGAUACCCAUGAUGCCUCAGUUCCUGAGCACCUGAGCCCGUGUCAGAGCCUGACCCUGUACCAGGGCUUCUGUGCCAUGAAGUAUGCUAUCUAUGCCCUCUGUGUGAACUCACAUCGGCAUUCUCAGUGCCAGAACUGCAGAGACAGCACCUGCGAGGACCUGACCUUGGCAGAGCCAGGCAACGACUCCCUCCCCUCCUCAGGUGCUUCACAUCUCUUCCCAACCUACCUGGCCAGGUGCCAACAGUAUUUACGCAGUAUCCCCGACUCUCUGUGCCUGGAAAUUCUCGAAAACAUUUUCUCAUUGCUCCUCAUUACCUCUGCCGAUCUUCACCCAGAGCCUCACCUCCCCGAGGACUAUGCUGAGGAUGACGACAUCGAGGGGAAAGGCCCCUUAGGCUUGAGGUCUCCAUCAGAGAGCCCUCGGCACACAGCCCCACCUGACAGGAAGUCAGAGCGGGGUUCUGCAGGACCCAGGAGCCUUGCCCAUACAACGCCAAGCUGUCCGAAGGCAGAGCCAAUAGACAGUUUGCCAGGGCCUCCCAGGCACAGCUUUUUGGACCUAAAGCAUUUUACUAGUGGCUUGAGUGGAUUCCUGGCCGAUGAGUUUGCAAUAGGAGCGUUCCUCAGCCUUAUUCAGGAGCAGUUCGAUGAGAUCAGCAGCCACAGCGCUACAGAGAAGACAAAGCUGCCAGAAGAGCAGAUCUGGUCAGCCGGCAGGGAUGGACUGCAGAGCCGCCUGCACCGCUUCGCAAAGGUUCUCUCCGAAGCCCAGUGGCGAUACAAAGUGGUAACAAGCAACCAGGGCUCAGAGGAGCAACCUUCCCGAAGAUACCGGCCCAUUGUCACAAGGCACUCUAGUCUCCGCCGAGGUCGCCGGACUAGAAGGACCCGGGCAGAUUGCCGGCAAAGAGGCUCCACCCCAUCCCUGGAAAGUACAAGCAGUGAGCUGAGCACAAGUACUUCAGAAGGGAGUCUGAGUGCCGUGUCUGGGCAGGUGGAGCUGGACACCCGGCUGCAGCCCCAGCCUCAGAGUUCCAUCCUACCCAUGAUGUUCUCCCCACCGGAGUCACUGCUGGCAUCCUGUGUCCUCAGGGGGAACUUUGCCGAAGCCCACCAGGUGGUAUUCAUGUUCAACCUGAAGUCCUCGCCAAACGCUGGGGAGCUAAUGUUUGUAGAGCGUUACCAAGAGGUGAUCCAGGAACUGGCCCGUGUAGAGCACAAGAUUGAAAGCCAGAAUUCAGAUGGGAGUAGCACCACCAUCCGGCGCACUGGCAGCGGCCGCUCAACUCUACAAGCCAUUGGCAGCGCUGCAGCAGCAGGGAUGGUGUUUUACUCCAUCUCUGAUGUGACCGACAAGCUCCUUAGCCCCUCCGAAGACCCCAUCCCCACGCUCCAGGAGGAUUUUUGGAUAAAUGCUACUCUGACCGAGCCCACCACUCCUCUUAGAGAAGUUCUGGAAGACCUCAGUCCCCCUGCCAUGGCUGCAUUUGACCUAGCUUGCUGCCAGUGCCAGCUGUGGAAGACCUCCAAACAGCUCUUGGAAACAGCUGAGCGGCGGCUGAGCAGCAGCCUUGAGAGCCGGGGUCGAAGGCUAGACCAGGUUGCCCUCAACCCUGAUGGUAUUCGAGGUUUUCCCGCUGUCCUUCAGCAAAUUAGUAAGAUUCUCAACUAUCCCCUUACGUCAGCGGGAGUGACAAAAUCAGAGGCUGUAGAGGAACGGGGAGGAGGCGCUCCGCGGUGCAGCGUCUCUGAGUUGCUUCAAAUGUGCUGGCCCAGCCUCACGGAGGACUGUGUUGCCAGCCACACCGGCCUUUCCCAGCAACUGGAGCAGGCUCUCCAGUCACUGCGAGAGGCACUGGCGCUGCCAGAGCCCAAGAGCACUCCACUCACUUCUCUAGUGGAGCAGGCAGCCCAGAAAGCCCCUGAGGCUGAGGCUCACCCUGUGCAUAUCCAAAGUGAGCUCCUGCAGAAGACCCUGGCAAAGCAGGCGCUGGCAGGCCCCAGACAGACUGACUUUGUGGGAUCCUUUUUCAGCUACUGCAGCGCCCUGGCUGCGGUCCUCCUUCGGAGCUUGAGCUCUGAUCCUGAUACUGUGGAGGUCAAGGUUGGAAACCCCUUUGUUCUAUUGCAGCAGAGCUCUUCCCAACUGGUGUCACAUCUUCUGCUUGAAAGACAAGUUCCCCCAGACAGGUUGGCAGCCCUUCUUGCCCAAGAAGGUCUCAGCCUAAGUGUGCCACAGGUCAUAGUCAGCAGCUGCUGUGAGCCCCUUACUCUUUGCCCAUCUCGACAAAGCCAGCAGGCCUCAUCCCUUCUGACCCACCUGGCCAUGCUGGCUCAGGGGCACACCGCUCGCCUUCUAGAUGGCCUGCCCCUCUCUACGCUGGGUUCCCCUAGACCAAGCGAGAAUCCCUCAGCAGAGAGAAAGUCUUGUUCCUCCCCCAAGGAUUCAUCACUUCCAGCCUUCACCUCUUCCGCCUUGGCCUUCCUUAAGUCUCGCUCAAAGAUACUGGCCACGGUGGCCUGUCUGCGGGCUUCCCGAGGGACAAAGGUCAGCAAACCCAGCCUGUCUUGGAAGGAGCUGCGAGGUCGCAGGGAAGCACCUCUAACUGCAGAAAAGGUAGCCCAGGAGUGCGAGCACCUCCUGGAACAGUUUCCUAUGUUCGAAGCUGCCCUCCUGGCUAACUGGGCGCCUCUACAGCAAGCCUCUGAGCCAGGACAGGGUCUGGCAGCGAGUCUCUGCGGUCAGGCCUGUCUCUCUACUGUGCUUCUGGGCCUGCAUUCUCCUGGGGCCCUGGAUGUACUCACCGAGGCCUUUGAGGACGCGUUGGUGGCCAGAGAUUGGACACGGGCCCUUCAGCUCAUUGACAUCUAUGGGCAAGACGUGGAUGACCUGAGCAGUGUACAGGAUGCAGUCCUGAGCUGUGCUGCCGCGUGUGACAAGGAAGGUUGGCAAUACCUGUUUCCUGUGAAGGAUGCAUCUCUGAGAAGCAGGCUGGCCCUACAGUUUGUGGACAGGUGGCCCCUGGAGUCCUGCCUAGAGAUCCUGGCCUACUGUCUUUCAGACAUGGCUGUCGAAGAAGAACUAAAAUCCGAGCUGCAGAAGAAGCUAAUGGAGCUGCAGGUCUAUCAGAAGAUCCUAGGUUUGCAGGAUCCCCCGGUGUGGUGUGACUGGCAGACCCUGAGGAGCUGCUGUGUUGAAGACCCAUCGUCUGUCAUGAACAUGAUUCUGGAAGCACAGGAGUAUGAGCUAUGUGAGGAGUGGGGCCAUCUGUACCCCAUUCCAAGGGAGCAUUUGAUCAGUCUGCAUCACAAGCAUCUUCUCCACCUGCUGGAAAGAAGAGAACAUGAAAAGGCCCUUCAGCUCCUGCAACGAAUCCCUGAUCCUACCAUGUGCCUUGAGGUCACAGAGAGGUCCCUUGACCAGCACCCUAGCUUAGCCACCUCACACUUCUUGGCCAACUACCUCACCUCCCACUUCUAUGGAGAACUGACCACUGAGCGACACCAUGAUAUCCAGGCACUGUACAUGGGAUCUAAGGUUCUUCUGACCCUGCCUGAGCAGCACCGGGCCAGCUAUGCCCACUUGUCCUCCAGUCCUCUGCGUAUGUUAGAGCAGCUACUGAUGAACAUGGAAGUGGAUCGCGCCACCACGGCCGUGCGGACUCUGCACCAGCUGCUGGUCGGACAGGAGACCGGCUUCACCCUGGACGAGGUUGACUCGCUGCUCUCCAGAUAUGCAGGGAAAGCCCUGGAUCUCCCAUACCCUCUGAGGCAAAAACGAUCAGAUUCCAUGAUGCACCUCCAGGAGCUUGUCCAUCAGGCAUCAGACCCUGAGGCCCUGCCUAGAUCAUCAUCAGCUGAGUUCUCUGCUGCCGCUGCUGCUGCUGGUGGUGGUGCUGCUUCUGGAAGUGCCUUAGUCCGUUCUCCCAGUCCUAAGGAGAGGGCUGUCCCUCAGACUCAGCUGCCGCUGGAGUUUGUACCCCCAGAAGCACCCCCUGGCAGGGAUCAGUGGGUCCCAGAUGAGACCGAGAGCAUCUGCAUGGUCUGCUGCAGAGAGCACUUCACGAUGUUUAACAGGCGCCAUCACUGCCGGCGCUGUGGGCGGCUCGUGUGUGGUUCCUGCUCCACUAAGAAAAUGGUGGUGGAAGGCUGCCGAGAAAACCCUACACGUGUCUGUGACCAGUGCUACAGUUACUACAACAAAGACACCCCAGAGGAGAGCCCAUGCCAGUCAGAAGUUCCAGACAGCUCUAAGAGUGAAAGCCCUUCCUAUUCAGCUGUGGUGAGAGUCCCCAAAGCAACUGAGGUGGAAUGGAUCUUGAGUCUAAAUGAGGAAGAAAAUGAGCUGGUGCGGAGUGAAUUUUACUAUGAGCAGGCCCCCAGCGCCUCCCUGUGCAUUGCCAUCCUGAACCUGCACCGAGACAGCAUCGCCUGCGGCCACCAGCUGAUUGAGCACUGCUGCAGGCUGUCCAAGGGCCUCACCAACCCCGAGGUGGAUGCCGGCCUCCUCAUAGACAUCAUGAGGCAGCUGCUCUUCAGUGCCAAGAUGAUGUUCGUCAAGGCUGGCCAAAGCCAGGACUUGGCUCUGUGUGAUAGUUACAUCAGCAAGGUGGAUGUCCUGCACAUUCUGGUCGCUGCUGCCUACCGCCAUGUGCCAUCUCUAGAUCAGCUCUUGCAGCCACCUGCAGUAACCAGGCUGAGGAACCAGCUCCUGGAAGCUGAGUACUACCAACUGGGCGUUGAGGUCUCUACAAAGACUGGGCUUGAUUCCACAGGAGCAUGGCAUGCCUGGGGUAUGGCCUGCCUCAAAGCGGGAAACCUCACUGCUGCAAGGGAGAAGUUCAGCCGCUGCCUGAAGCCUCCUUUGGACCUCAAUCAAUUGAGUCAUGGCUCAAGGCUAGUCCAGGACGUGGUUGAGUACCUGGAGUCCACAGUGAGACCUCUUGUUUCCUCGCAAGACGACAGUUACUUUGCCACCCUGAAGGAACUGAAAGUCACCCUCCGAACCCAGAGCCUCUCCCUGGAGGCCGUUCCUGACGGGAAGAUCAUGAGCAGCGCCUACUACCAAGAGUGUCUCUUCUACCUGCACAACUACAGCACCAACCUGGCCAUCAGCAGCUUCUACAUGAGGCACAACUGCCUCCGUGAAGCCCUGCUGCACCUGCGCAACAAGGAAAGUCCUCCAGAAGUCUUCAUAGAAGGCAUUUUCCAGCCGAGCUAUAAAAGCGGGAAGCUCCACACUUUGGAAAACUUAUUGGAAUCCAUUGAUCCAACCUUGGAGAGCUGGGGAACGUACCUGAUCGCCGCCUGCCAGCAUCUGCAGAAGAAGAACUACUACCACGUGCUGUAUGAGCUGCAGCAGUUUAUGAAGGACCAAGUCCGGGCUGCUAUGACUUGUAUUUGGUUCUUCAGUCACAAAGCAAAGUCCUACACAGAGCUGGGAGAGAAGCUUUCAUGGUUGCUUAAGGCCAAGGACCACCUGAAGAUCUACCUCCAAGAAACAUCCCGCAGCUCUGGAAGGAAGAAAACCACCUUCUUCCGGAAGAAGAUGACUGCGGCUGAUGUGUCCAGGCACAUGAAUACAGUUCAGCUACAGAUGGAAGUGACCAGAUUCUUGCAUCGGUAUGAAAGCGCUGGGACCUCUCAAAUCACCACUUUGCCUCUGCCGACACUUUUUGGAAAUAACCACAUGAAAACGGAGGUUGCCUGCAAGGUUAUGCUGGGAGGGAAAAAUGUGGAAGAUGGUUUUGGAAUUGCAUUCCGUGUUCUCCAGGACUUCCAGCUGGACGCUGCUGCUACCUACUGCCGAGCUGCCAGGCAGCUGGUCGAGAGGGAAAAAUACGGGGAGAUCCGACAGCUGCUCAAAUGUGUCAGUGAGUCAGGCAUGGCAGCCAAAAGUGACAGUGACACUAUCCUUCUCAACUGCCUGGAAGCCUUCAAGAGAAUCCCGCCCCAGGAGCUGGAGGGACUGAUCCAGGCAAUACACAGCGAUGACAACAAGGUUCGGGCCUAUCUGACGUGUUGCAAGCUGCGUUCUGCCUACCUGAUUGCUGUGAAGCAAGAACACGCACAGGCUGCCGCCCUCGUCCAGCAAGUGCAGCAGGCUGCCCAAAGCAGUGGGGAUUCCGUAGUGCAAGACAUCUGUGCUCAAUGGCUUCUAACUAGCCACUCCCGCGGUGCCCAUGGCUCAGGCUCCAGGAAGUGACCCUGGGUCACAGGACCUAGAAACCAUAGCCUGGGAACUACGGCAACAGGCACGCUGCCACUCAAUGUGCUCUCCGUCUUCCUGUGGAGUAGGACUUCUGGCCCUGCCCCAGGUUGGAGUGAGCAGGUUGGACCCUACUUGCCUGCGUGGGUAAGAGCAGGUCCUUUCACACAAGUGCCAUGUAAAAUUGUAGGAUCUGUGUUUUUGUCUGGAGAUAGCCACUUCUUUCUACCUCAGAAUGACUGUGUGUGUGUGCAUGUGUGCGCAUACGUGUGCAUGCCCCUGUGCACUCAUGUUUACGCCGAAGCAUCUUCUGAACAAAUGAGACUCCUCCAUUAAAGAGAGACACUUUACUUUCUACUUUCUGCUGGGCUGAAAACCUUCCCUGCAUUUUGGGUCUGCUCUCGGGUCAUCCUGUUUGUCCGAGGUUCCUCCCCUCUAUGCACACACGCUCCUCUCAACAGGGUCAACAGAGAAUUACAGAGCAAUGCCAAAAGAAACGAUUGCUUCUUCUCCCUUCUCAAAAUUCAGAGGAGGAUGCCUUUGGACUACGACAACGUUUCUGGCGACACCUCUCACAAGCACAAGGUUUUCGGGCGACAGUAUAAAUGGUUAGAUCUAGGAGACUGAGGGCAGGCCCCAUCACAUGCAUCCAGAGUGGAGGAAGAGGCAGGCCUCUCUGAGCACAGAGCUGGCUGUUGUCACUAUGCCUGCUACAGGGUUGACAGGUAAAGACACGUGGCUUUUUCUUUCUGGGUCUGGGGAGAAAAGUGGUAGCGAGGAUCCUGGGGCUGAGUGAAAUGCCGACUCUACCGAUUUGUGUUCCGUUCUUGUUUGUGCCUCUUGAAUUAGUUAGGAAACCAUUUCUCAAGCCAGGUGUGGUGGUGC